CAGGCUUCAGAAAAUACAUAUAGCUAGGGAGGAUGGCAGCACCUCACCCUCCACUCCUAUCGCCUUGUUGAAUCUUCUCUCCUUACACCCCGUUGUUGUUACUUUUAUAAUAGCCAUUCCUUUCCCUCCAAAUACACUUUCUCUUUUUAAUUUCAUUCCAAGGUCUCCAUAUUUACAUUUGUCCGCCUGCCCGCUUAAGCCUCUCCUUAUGCUCAAGCGAGAGACUAGCUACUCUAUGCUCGACAGUACAGCCAGCAAUUAGGGUCGAUCACCGGCUACACUUCUAGGCACACACUCGCCCAACGAAGCCAAACCGCGAGCGACCAAUCUUCGGACCGACCGCCACUUCCUCUACCCGAAGAAAUCGUCCCCUUGGGGGGAAGACACGUCUGAAGACACGACAGGAAUAUGCGGCGAAAUCCCAAAGCGGAGCAAAUAUUACACCAUCAGAAUUGCUAGCCCAAACACUGCCAUCGAUACUCCCCGUCCUUUGCUUCCAAGAUGCGGACCUCUCGACGCCCUUCGUUUCCCAAUGAUGUGGCCUUCGACACGCUACCUCCAGUUGUGAUUCGAAAAUAUUUUAGUAGUUUAGAACGUCUCAGACUGGCCGAAGAUGGCAGAAACCUCUCACGUCCCCCUUCCCAACUCUCAAUCCAUCCCACAAACAAUGCUGGCUUCACGACCCAACCCUCCGACACCUUCAGCUUCCUGACCCACGGAAUCACACAGACCGGCCACUUCUUCAACGGGACGAGACUGCGGAGGAGGCGCUGUUCGGCAGCAGACAUCACUCCCACCACCGUCGCUUGGUUCGCUUCCUUGCCCCCUGCCGUCCAGCGGAAGUUGUUCUCGAGGGAAGAGUGCUCAUUCUACUCACAAGAGAGAGACGCCAUCAUCCUCGACUCUGCAGACGAAACACUCCGUCGCCGCAGUUGGCAUCCCACCCACUUUGCCGCGUUCGACCGUCGAACUUCUGAUGACGACGCCACCAUUGUCGACUGUGAAGAACUCAAAGAAGAAUCGCGGGUUGACUCUGCUAUCGACAUGGGUGACUACUCAAUAGAUGGUUUUCGAUGGCUGGAGGAUGAGGGAGAUCUCGAUCUCAAGCUGGACGACUACCACCAAGCUAUCGCGGAAACAAACCGGCGGACAGUGUCAGUAUCAGCGCCCGUCCGGCGCCGCUCGCGACGUGCCCCUUCCCUCUCAAGUCUUUCCAUACGUCGUGGACGCAGUUCGACAUCAUCCUCACGCCCUCCAAUCGAGGCACCACCGACGCCAGCAGUGCCUUUUAUACCUCCCCACACCCGCGCCUCUUCGUUCUCCCUGAAACACCUCCGGUCUCAAGCGUCAAUAUCAUCCAUCGAUCCUCGAGCAACGCAUUACCAAGACCCUGCGGCUCGCAUGAAGCUCAGACUCUAUCUUGCCUCGCCGCAAAAAUUCGAUGAGGCCAUUGAGUUUGGGUUUCCUUCCGUGGAAGAAAGAGAACAGUGGAACCACAUUAGACCCAUGACAAGUCCGCAGCCACGACCUGAAUUCAAUCGAACUUUCUUCCAUGACGACACACCGUCGCUGUCCGGAGAUGAUGGUGACGACGCCGACGAGCCAGACACCAUGUUUGACCCUCGAACGCCUGAAGAGGCAGUAUUCCAAAUGCAUCGUCCAUCCCACAAGAGCAGCAUCGACGGCUCCAAAGGACUGAGACCAUUUUCAAUUCGAAGGCAGCCCGAGACAUAUGCCCGUGGCGUCACCGCAGAUCGAGAGAUGACGCUACACAUGACCUUGACGAGACCAGAUCUACGUUCGCCAGAGGAGCAAAUAUCACAACCAGACCAUCAAAAGAAGGUCAACAGACCGACACCGGAGCGAAUCGACGUGCCUGUGGACGGAAACGCAGUAACCAUAUGGGAUACACUACCUGCCGAGGAAUCCAAAAUGAAACGAUUCCUUCGAAAACUAAGGCUCAAAUGAGUCUGAAUAACUUGACGUUUGAGUGACAUUGACUGCCCUAUUUUGUAUGGUCCGGAUGAAGCAACAGCAUGGGAUAUCCGCAUCUAUGUCAGUGCGUUAUUUGAGCGUAGGCGUUCAGGCUGGAAAUAUCGCUUCUCAGCCAGCGGGGGAGUUCGGAGCCUGGGAAAGGAAUCUGGGGCAGCAGACUUGCCACGGCUACCUGCAUAUUCAAACGGGUUGGGCGGCAUUAUAUUUGGGAACUUGAUGGGGUUGGACAAAAAGCAGCAAUUUGGGAAAGGCAAGAAAGAAUAGCUUGAUGAAAUAUGAACA